AUGUCGAAAUUCGACCCCGAACAGAGCUCGAAUGCCUCUGACACGGUCAAGCCAACGAUAUGGCGAUGCUUCAAGGCACAUAUGAAGAAAUGGUGGUGGCUGUAUGCAAUUGCAGUCAUUUGUAUCUUUUUGGUGAUCUUCCUUCCCAUAAUUUAUGUUGGAAUCCCACACCUUGCCGACGAGUACAUCAAUAAUUAUCAGUACAAUGACACAGGCCUGUCCAUCACCAAUCCUCGACCCUCUGCUUUCCACAUGAGUCAGUCUCAGAAGAUCAGUAUUGGGGGUGGACUUAGUGGAAGUGGACAUCUAUCGGCAUUCAACGCGACAAUCAGCACAUCUGAUGGUCAGGAGUUUGCGGUCCUUCCGUUGUCGGAAAUCAAGUUCAGCGACGGUCCCGAUCUGAAGAUAGACCAAGAUCUUGAAUUGACCUGCGUCGAUUGCUUAUCGGAUAUGGCGGCUGCGUUGGCUACAAAUGACAGCAUCUCGAUGGUGGUCAAAGGACAUCCGGACUUGAAGAUUGGUGCGCUGCCCACAGCUCACUUGAACAUUGACAAGACGAUGCAAAUGAAUGGCUACAAUAUCACCGAAUUUAUGAACAGCAACGGGGCAUUCAAUAUCACCAGUGUGGAGCUCCUGACGCCCGAAGUGGAUGGAUAUAAUUUCAAUGCGACCAUCUCCCUUCGCAACCCAACCCCUUUCUCAGUGGAAAUGGGAAAUGUCGUGUUCAAUCUGAGUAUGGGAGGAUCAUCACUGGGAUAUAUCGACAUGCCUAAUCUGACAUUUAGUCAAGGUGUCAGCAACGCGGUAGUCUUGGGCCAAGUCGACGAGUCAAUGCUUGUACAAGAGGCGCUGCUAGGCGACGGUGAUGUUGGUACGGUCACCAUUGAUAUCCAAGGCUACAGCUGUCAUUAUAAUGGGCAAGCGAUCCCGUACUUCGCGGCUGCUAUCAGGGCUUCGUCUGCUUCGGUCACUGUGAAUCUACUGGAAUACGCAUCAAGCUUGUUUGAUUAG